CAAGAGCAUGGGUACGAGUAUCACCGGGGGGUUGGGGUACUACUGACUGAAACUCAAAGUGCAGCCUGUCGCUCGGUCUCCAUUGAAGCAGCAUGUCGUGGCUCUUUGGUUGGGGGAAGAGCUCUGGGUCGCAGCCGCCUUUAGAUGAGCAGACGGCGGCUGCUUCAGGGGAAGGCGGCGGGGGAGCCCCUGGAGGAUCCGGGGGAAACAAACCCGUAGACAAGUGGAGCAACUUUGACCCGACUGGGCUGGAGAGAGCUGCAAAAGCUGCAAGGGACCUCGACAAAUCACGACAUGCAAAGGACGCUCUGGGGCUGGCUCGUAUGCAGGAGCAGACUGUACAGCUGGAGCAUCAGAGUAAAGUGAAAGAAUAUGAGGCGGCUUUGGAGCAGCUGAAGGGCGAGCAGAUCCAACUCCAGGGGGAGGAGAGACGGAAAACCCUCGUUGAGGAGACCAAGCAAAACCAGGCGAGGGCACAAUACCAAGACAAACUUGCCAGACAGAGGUAUGAUGAUCAGCUCAGGCAACAGCAAUUCGUCAAUGACGAGAACCUUCGCAAACAAGAGGAGUCGGUUAUGAAGCAAGAGGGCAUGAGAAAAGCUACCAUCGAACACGAGAUGGACCUGAGACACAAGAACGACCUGCUUCGUAUUGAAGCCGAGGCCAAAGCCCGGGCCCAGGUGGAGCGAGAGAACGCAGACCUGAUCAGGGAACAGAUCCGCCUGAAAGCUGCUGAACACAGACAAACUGUCCUUGAAUCUAUAAAGACGGCCGGGGCGGUGUUCGGGGAGGGAUUCAGGGCCUUUGUCUCCGACUGGGACAAACUCACAGCCACGGUUGCUGGUUUCACACUGUUGGCAGUCGGAGUUUACUCAGCCAGGAACGCCACAUCGGUGGCCGGGCGCUUCAUCGAGGCUCGUCUGGGUAAACCGUCUCUGGUCCGAGAGACCUCCAGGUUAACUGUUGCAGAGGCCAUCAAGCACCCAAUCAAGACAACCAAGCGUCUGAGGAGCAGACCACAGGAUGCCUUGGACGGCGUUGUGCUCAGCGCGAGUUUAGAGGAACGUGUUCGCGACAUUGCCAUCGCCACUCGCAACACGAGGCAGAACAAAGGCUUGUACAGAAACAUCCUGAUGUACGGGCCCCCUGGAACUGGAAAAACUCUCUUUGCCAAGAAACUGGCUCUCCACUCAGGAAUGGACUUUGCCAUCAUGACAGGAGGAGACGUGGCACCCAUGGGACGUGAUGGAGUCACCGCCAUGCACAAGGUGUUUGACUGGGCCAGCACCAGCGGCAGAGGCGUCUUGCUGUUCGUGGAUGAAGCUGACGCGUUCCUGCGUAAGCGAUCCACUGAGAAAAUCAGCGAGGACCUCCGAGCCACCCUCAACGCAUUCCUGUACCGCACUGGGGAGCAGAGCAACAAGUUCAUGCUGGUGCUUGCUAGUAACCAGCCAGAACAGUUCGACUGGGCCAUUAAUGACCGCAUUGACGAGAUUGUGAACUUUGCGUUACCAGGGCUCGACGAGAGGGAGAGGCUGGUGCGCUUGUAUUUCGACAAAUUUGUGCUGGGUCCUGCCACUACGGGAAGACAGAGAUUAAAGCUAGCUCAGUUCGACUAUGGCCAGAAGUGCUCAGACAUUGCCAAGCGAGCAGAAGGCAUGUCCGGCCGUGAAAUCUCUAAACUCGGUGUGGCCUGGCAGGCUGCUGCAUACUCCUCUGAAGACGGAGUUUUGACCGAAGCAAUGAUUGACGCAAGAGUUGACGAUGCAAUCAUCCAGCAUGCACAGAAAAUGGACUGGUUGCUGAUGGAGGCAGGUGCAGGGGUCGGCAAGGUCGGCGGCAUUCUUGUCCCUAAGGAAAUGGCUGCAGGAGUUUCAGCCCAGGAGGCUGCUUCUCCUGCACACACCGAAGACGCAGCUCCAACUAUACAAGAGGUUCUUCCAAUCAUAGAGGCUGUGAGCAGCGCUGCCCAGGCAGAAGCAGCCGCUGUACCUCCAGAAAUGGAGGCAGAGGUUAUCCUCAAAGAGGCUGCCACUUUGGUUAAAGAAAGUGAAGUUGUAGGAACGGUUGCUGAAACCAUUGCUGAGACGGCUGCUGCUGUCCCAUUGGUGCAGGAGGUUGAGGCCAUUAAAGACCUCACUGAGGAGGUUCAAAGCACAGCUGUUGUUCUUGAUGCUGUUGUUCUUGACGCUGUUGUUCCUGAGGUGACGGAGGUGGUCACUGAGGUUAAAGAGGCUCAAGGUCUACAAGCUUCGACUGUCCAAGAAACUGCUGCUGUGUGUAAAGAAGAACCAACUUCUGAUGGAGCUGUACAAGAGGCUGAUGCUGCAGUGGUAGCCAGGGAGGAAAAGGAUGUUGAAGCACAUCUGGAAACGACUGUCUCAGCUGUUGCUCAGGAGGCAGAAGCUACAGUAGCUGCUCUACCCGAGGAGACCGCAGCCAAGUCAGUUGAAGGUGUAGGAACUGAAGCUCCUGUGUCUGCCGUGGAAACCGGAGCUGAUGCAGCAAAGGUUGUAGAGGAAAUUGCCAGCAAUGUAGCUCAAGCAACCGAGUCCAUAGCAAGCAUAGUACAGGAGUCUGAAGUUAUUGCAGCCGAUGUGGCCAAGGUGGCUGACACAGUAGCAACUGUUACUGAAGAGAUUGAGGCAGCAGUCGUCAAGGAGGUUGAAGCUGCAAGUGAGGUUGUGGCGGAGGCUGUGUCUGAAACAUCAGAAGUUGCUAAAGAGGUUGAAGCAGUAGUGACAGAAGCGGUCACGGAGUCAGAGAUUAUUGCUACAGAGGUGGUUAAAGAGGUUGAAACUGCAGUAACUGAGACUGCUACUAAGGAAGCUGAGGUUAUCACAACAGAAUCUGCUGUAGAAAGUGAGGCCAAAGUGGAGCCUCUUACAGCUGCCAUUGAGGGUACAGAAGAGGGUCAGAGUGUGACUACAGAGACGGCUGUCAAGGAAGCAGAAGUCUCCAAAGAAGCAGGAGUCAUCCCUGCAGAAGUUCCUAAAGAAGCAGAAGAAAUGAUUUCAGUCGAAGUUAAGAAAGAUGCCGAGGUCAUGGCAGCAGAGGUGUCAAAGGAAGAAGAGCUCACCCCUGCAGAAGUUUCCAAGGAAGCCGAAGUUUCAAAAGAUGCAGAGGUCACUGCAACAGAGGCCCCCAAAGAAACAGAUACUUUGCCUACAGAAGAUGGGAAAAUGCCCGAAACUACUGAGGUUGCCGCCAAGGAAGCUGAAUCCGAAACAACAAAGUCCGCAGAAGAAGUUGAGACCGUAGUCACCGAAGUCCCCAGCGAGACCAACCCAGCAGCUGUUCCCAUCCCUGACUUGAAGGUCGAUGAAUCAAGUCCAACUGAGAAGCCGAACAAACCGAGUGAAGACCACGGCAAAAAACCACAAGACAAGCCUAGUCCAAAGAAAUGAUCUCUUCAAACAUUUGAUGCAUAGAAUACAUAUAAAGAGGGACAACGUGCCUCAACCUUCUACCGCUGUACAAAGGUGAAGCCAAAAUCCUCAUGUUGCGCAUUUUGAGUCAGUCUGCAUAGUAGGUAUCGGAUGGAAGAGCUGUUGUAAUGAUUGUAAUGACGUCGUGUCGCUCCUGAAAUCGGAAAAACCCAGACACGAUUACCGCUAUGGAAGUUCAAUGACUCCUGUGUUAGUGUUUAUGUUUAAUCACGCCUUUUCUCCGAUGCACACAGUGCCUUAGUAGCUGUCAAUCAUGGCAUUUUAUACCUUUUUAUGGCAUCAAAUAACUACUUCAAAGAGGACUUGAACACACAUCAGCAUUAUUUCUUGCUACCACUACAGAAUGGGUUUGAGAAAAUUCAUUUGACAUGAAUUUAGAUUUUCUAGUUUAAACCCAUGUCCCAUCUGCUAACAAGGAGGACUGGGGUUUUUGACCUAUACUGCAGCCAGUCAGUAGGGGGCGCUCUAGAUGAUUUUUGGCUACACUUUAGGCGAGAUGUUACGCAGUCCAUUCUUCAUACACGUCUAUGAUUUGAUGAAAUGCUAUUGUAAAUGAAGGGCUUUUGUUAUUCUAAAACACUUGAGCCUUGAAUCUAAAAAAAAGUCUCCUUGGGUUUGUCUACUUUUCUGUCAAUCUGCUUGUAAUGUAAUAACUGUAAUUGUUUAGGUGAUUGUUUGUUUAUGGGUUGUAGAUUUGCUGAAGUCUGAGUAAAAAAUAUGCUUGGACAACUA